AUGACAGGCUUCUCUGUGUCUCUUUUCGUCUCAAACUUGUCAAAUGUCGCCUCGUAUCUGUCUCCGAUCUUCGAGACCAUCCCGUCGAAGGUUGUCCCGGUGCAGAUCGAGAAGGUUGUCUCUUUGGUCUCCCGCACCGGCAGGGAUUUGCAGCGUUACGAUAACGCUGGCUAUCGUCAAGUCGUCGGAUGCGUACCGUACAGAUACAAGAAACAACAAGUCAAUGGAGCUGAAUCCAAAGAAAUCGAGGUUCUCCUAAUCAGUGCUCAAAAGGGCAAAGGAAUGUUGUUCCCAAAAGGAGGCUGGGAGACUGAUGAAUCAAUGGAGGAGGCAGCUUUGAGAGAGACGAUCGAAGAAGCGGGUGUGACAGGAGAGCUAGAGGAAAAGCUUGGGAAAUGGCAAUACAAAAGCAAAAGACAUAGCAUAAUUCACGAUGGGUAUAUGUUUGCUUUGCUUGUUGACCAAGAGUUUGAGCGAUGGCCCGAGGCAGAAAUUAGGCAACGCAGAUGGGUAGGCUUGGACGAAGCAAGAGAAGUAUGUCAGAAUUGGUGGAUGAGAGAAGCUCUUGAAGCAUUCAUUAACCUGAAAGGUCACACCGAGGAGGCGGAGAUUGAAGACAAUGAAACUGGAAAGUGA